GCUCCACUGCUGAGUGGGCGGUGGCUGCUGUCCGCGUGGCUUCCUUUACCAGACAAAACUCACUCUCGUCUCAGACAUUUCAGACAUUCAUUCCCUAGAAUCAUUAAUCAACAUCUCUUCCUAUACAAAAUCCCCCUUCACAAUCUUCACAAUCAUCCACCUAAAUAAACAGAAGAAAUCGAGGAAAAAAGAAAAGAAAAGCAAAUCCAAAGUCAGAACUAAACAGGAAAUUCCAGGAAUAGGGAGGAGUUAUUGUUUGCCGACCAGACUUCGCCACCACUAUUGUCGUGGCUGAAUUUCUUCAUCAGAAAAGCACGACUGAAGCUUGAUGCAGACAAGGCCCAGCUUGGCGACGCGUUGAUGCAGACAAGGCUUGGUCUCUUGCCAUGCGGGCUCCAGUUCUGCUUGGUCUUUGGGAAGUUAAUAAUUUCUGCUGGUUAGUGGGCGGUGGGCGGUCAGUAGUUUUCUUUCUUCUCUUUUAACUAUCUUCUUCUUCUUAGUUUUCUUUGGCGCCUUCAGAAAUGACUUGAAAAAUUUUGUUUUGCUUUUGAAGUGAUUCACUGUUUAGUUGGCUUUGCUGGAACCUUUCUUCUUUCUUCUCUUUUAGCUUUCUUCUUCUUUUUAGUUUUCGUUGGAAGCUUUAGAAAUGACUUGAAAAGUUUUCUUGGAAAUUCGCAUACUUUGAGAAUGGGUCGGAAUAGAGUAUAUGGAAGUUUGGAAGAGGCUCGUGCUGAGAAAAAUCGAAGGAAACGCGAGCGCCGUGCUACUGCUCAACGUGCGACAAAGAAUGAUGCGCCAUUAGGAGUGUGUACACUAGCUGUCACGGCUUUUAAUAUACGUGAACCAAAUACUAUGAAGCAGCCAAAUAUGGCUAUCGCUCAAUCUUUGUUAAGCUCAGGCUCAUCACUGCCAUCUACAGAGAAUAAUGCAGAGCAAUUUCCAGCUGAAAAUGAACAAAAUGUAUCUGCAUCUAUUGCUAAUGGUGCUAACGAGGUUUCAACAACUAAUGUAAGUAUUGGUCAAUCAUCAUUGCGUAGGAAACGUCGGUCUACUACAAACCAGAUACUACAAAACCACACAGGCAACACCUGGCUAACACCAAUGCAAACCACCGCCAAAGCUUCACCUUUGUCUACUUCCUUUUCUUAGCAACUAAACAAUUCUUUCCUACCUACCUGACGCUUUGCGUCAGGGCAAAAUAUCUAGUGUAUAUGUAAAAGGAGGUAGUAGCUCUCUUUGAUAUGAAAAAAAUGUACUUUUAGUCCUCAAAAUCCAACAAUAUGCACUAAAUUGUUUCUCAAUA